AUGACAAACGCUUCUUCCUCUCCCAAUUCGGAAGUCGAGUCCUCUCUCAAUCAUGUCGCGUAUCAUACCGGCCUCAUGCCUCCUCCCAAAUCUGCAUUCGGAAGAGCACAGGCCUCCUUCUCCCCCAACAAACUUGCAUCCCAUCCGCCGUCCUCGAUGGGAAACGCUUUGACAGAUACGCCUUUUCCCAGUGCCCCCACAAGUCCUCAAAUCAUCGCCCGUGGCAGCGCCAGUGCAUCUGGGCCGGCCACUCCCAAAAUCCGUGCCACUACCCUCGACAUUCCUGGACUAACUCGGUCAAAAGUUUCACCUGAUGGACGCAUAUCAGAACGAGACGUUGCCGCCAAACUCAUCAUCAUAAUGGUGGGUUUGCCCGCAAGAGGAAAGAGUUAUAUUGUUAAGAAGAUUGCCCGAUAUUUGAACUGGCUUCAACAUCCGACCAGAAUCUUCAACGUUGGAGACCGGCGACGGGUGGCUGCCGGUGUAGGACCGCCUAUUCCUGAUCACACACACGCGGCCCUCCGAGAAUCAGUCCGCCAGAUGAAUUCAACCGCCACCGGCUCGCAGACGGUCGUCGACCAUGGCGAGCUUCUCCCACCACCUGCGAUCAAGACCGAGAUUCUCGUCAACGGUGAAAUCACCUCCGCUUCUCCCAUCAGCCCGCUUCAAAUGAACGGCAGCGCCAGAUCUGGAGACAAGCUGGAGCCGAUUCGGCUGCCGGCGCCCGAGCCCAUGGACCAGUCCGCACAGUUUUUCGACCCCCAAAAUCUCAGGGGCAAGCAAUUGAGAGAGCAAGUAGCACAUGAAGCCCUGGAUGAAUUACUGAAGUACGUAUUGGAAGAUGGCGGAUCUGUCGGAAUAUUGGAUGCGACCAACCAUACGCGAGAACGACGGAUGUCCCUGAUCAAACAUAUCCGGGAGCGCGACGAGAACAUCAACGUGCUCUUCCUCGAAUCUCGAUGCCAAGAUCGGAAUUUACUCGAAGCAAAUAUGCGACUGAAGUUGUCAGGCCCCGAUUACAAAGGAAAAGAUCCCGUGGCCGCACUUCAGGAUUUUCAGCAGCGUGUGCGACAGUACGAAAAGUCGUACCAGCAACUUGACGAAUUCGAAGAAGAGCACAAUAUGGCGUACUGUUCCAUGAUCGACGUCGGGCGAAAGAUGGUCAGUCACCAAGUCAGGGGGUUUUUGUCAAUUCAGACCGUCACCUAUUUGAUGAAUUUCAACCUGGCGCCCCGACAAAUCUGGAUUACUCGGCAUGGUGAAUCGGUGGACAAUGUCAAUGGAAAAAUCGGAGGAGACAGUUCCUUGAGUCCAAAUGGAGUUAGAUAUGCUCAAGCCCUGAGCAAGUUCAUCGGAGAACAAUGGAAAGCCUGGGAGGCGUACCAGGCAGAGAAACAGGCGAAUAGCCACUUUCCCCCCCUUCCGGGCGACACGACGCCUCCGAAUCCUGAAUGCACGGCCCAGACUCUGCAAGAACGAAAUUUCUGCGUAUGGACAAGCAUGCUGAAGCGGAGCAUCGAGACAGGUCAAUUUUUCAACGAAGACGACUAUGAUCUGAAACAGAUGCGCAUGUUGGAUGAAUUAAAUGCCGGGUCAAUGGAAGGCAUGACGUACGCCGAGAUCCGGGAUAAAUUCCGUCAAGAAUACGAACUUCGCAAACGCGACAAACUGCACUAUCGAUACCCUGGUCCCGGAGGAGAGGGAUAUCUCGACAUCAUCAAUCGACUGGGCAAAGUGAUUCUGGAGAUUGAACGAAUGACGGACCACGUGCUGAUCAUUGGACACCGAAGCAUCUCCCGGGUUCUACUGGCCUACUUCAUGGGUCUCAAGCAAGAAGACAUUAGCGACCUCGACGUCCCAUUGGGAGUGGCAUAUGUGCUCGAACCGAGACCUUAUGGUGUCGAAUUCAAAGCGUACCGAUGGGAUCCUGCCACGGAUGAAUUUCGAUACGAGCCUGACUAUCGGAUGAGGCGAGCGACUGACCCACAAGCCUAA